CUGAUACUCUGGAUCGUAAAGGUUGGACAUCGUGGCAAAAAGUAGUUUCUGUAUUGUGACCGACAGACAGCGUAGCAUCAAGGACAUCCACACAUACACACACACACAUGUUACAGCACCGUCUUUACUCAUUGUAUAUAUAUUUGGUUGUGAAUAUUUCAUUGUAAUAGACUCAGAAGAUCAUUUGGUAAUAUAACAGGAGCGUUGUCUGCAACGUUUUAUUUAGAAUAAUUACCAAGUGAAAUGUCAGGCGAGUUAACUAUUGCACCCACUAUUAGUGUUGCCAAAGUGAAAAAAUUGUAAGUAAAACUAAUUAUGGCUAAUAUUGAGAAACCUGCAAUGUCCGACUCUACGAAGUGAAACGGAUGUAUUUUACGAAGUUGCAAUUAAAGGAAACAGCGUAAGUUAUGGUAGAAAGUUGAAGCAAGGGAACUAAAGGAGGAUAUUAUCAUACAUCAGGGUGGCCGUCUUGGGCGGUCAGAGUGGUUUUGUCGUCAACGUGAUCACAGUGUGGUAAGACGGCGCUGGCUGCUCCGCCUGCCUCCACCUGCUGCUCCCUACAACCCACUCCUAUCUCUCCCUCACUGUGGAAUAGUUCAGAGGAAACCCGAGAGUGCUCCUGUGAUGGGUGACAGCGAAAGGGGUUUGGAUUACUCGGUGUGGGGGAGUUGAAGUCUUGCAGCCACGGAGGAGAGGCACCAUCUUUGUUUGCCUGCACCGAGUCACGACCAGUGUGGAGAUUGUGGCAGCUUGGGUGUUGAGGGAGUGUAGCGUUGCCUGGGUAGUGAGUGACACAGGUGACGGCAGCCCCCACACAAGGGCUCCCCCACACAGCGUCGGUCAUGGCGUGCCCACUGUCGUGUUACUGUGGACUAAUGUGUCGUUGUGGGUGUAUCCCCUCACCAGAGGUGCCCUCCAUGACGUCAGGCGGGUCGCUGGGGCCAGAUACACACCGCAGCCACACUGUUUAUGUUUUGUUGCUCGGGGCGGCGGAGACUGGCAAGUCCACCAUUAUGAGGCAAAUGAAAAUCAUCGACAGUGGUGGAAUGUCGCCAGCCUCGCUACGCUCCUACACGCGGCACGUACUCAACAAUGUUCUCACGUGCGUCACGCGGCUGAUAGCUGCCGUCCAGGAAGCUGCUAUUCCUUGGGGCUCGCCUGAGGCCGCCCAUGCCGCCCACACCUUGGCUGCGGUGACACCCCCAGACUGGGGAUUAACAGAAGAGGACGACAAGCCCGCGCUGAUGCCCCAGGACCACGCUCACCUCAUGCGUGUCUUGUGGGAAGACAUAGCGGCCCAAGAGUGUUGGCAGCGGGCCAACGAGUUUAAUCUGCCAGAUAGUACUGCCUACUACCUGUCAGCCACAGAUCGCCUGGCGAAGCAGCCGUACUUACCCACACAGGAGGACGUGUUGCAACUACGCAUCCCGACUCGCGCUGCCACUGUCUUCGACUUCCACGACAGAAAUUGGACCUUUCGUAUAACGGACGUGGGGGGUCAACGCGGUGAGAGGAGGAGAUGGCUUCGUCUGUUUGAUGAGGUCAACGCCAUCAUCUUUUUGGCUGCGUUGAGUGAGUACGACCAGACGUGGAGUCAGGAGGAAGAGGGUGGUAUGAACAGACUGGAGCUGUCGAUGCAACUCUUCCGCGAGACUCUAAAAUAUCCGGGUUUCUGCAGAACCAGCAUUAUCUUGUUCCUCAAUAAGACAGACGUAUUGCAGAAAAAGAUCAGCAGGUCUGACCUGAGCAAAUAUUUCCCAGACUACACAGGACCUCGAGGGGACGCGCGCGCCGCCACAGACUACAUAAGGAACCGCUUUGAGACCGUCUCCAAGAACCGAGACCACGUCUUCCCCCACGAAACGUGUGCCACAGAUACUAACAAGACGAGGUUCGUCUUCGCUGCUGUCAGAGAAAGUAUUUUGUGGGAUAACAUAAGUCUUUUCAUGGAUCCUUUCCACACUUGACGUCUAUUAUUGAUCUUUGGCGUCUGUUCUCAGUGGUUGAGAUAAAUGUGAACUAGUCUCGGUGAAAUAUUCCGUCAUGGAAGAAUCCUGGCCCACUGCCCCGCACUCCUCUCUGUAAACGACUUGGUUCUUGUCCUGUGAUUACUACCUGUUGUGUUGUGCGAACUUGUUACUUAUGUGUUGAAAGGUUAAAGUACAAGUUCUUUAAUACUGUGCAAUAUGUCUAGCAGGUGUUGUGACCCUCUAGGAAUAGUGUUGUGAGUUAAAGAAGGUGAAGCUUGAAAAGGUUUGCAGUAGGAAUUGAGGAAGUAAGUGUAAUGUUGGCAGUGAGAUGUGAUGCUGUGGAGGACACUGCCCACAGCGAGAGAUGAUGAAAAAGAUAUAUUGAUGUAAAAGAACUAGUUAGUGAAACAGGAAGUGUUUGAGUUGACGUCAACCGGUACAAAAAGUUGUAAUGAUGUGAGCAUCCCUUUAAAAGUGAUUCGAUUAAUUCAUACGAGACGUAGUGUGUCUUAGGUCAGUGGACAGUCGAGUGCAGAUCAGUGGUGUUGAUCAAGUUAGCAAUGAUAUUCUUGGUGGUAUAUUUAAGAGCAUUGUUGUAAUUGUCAUGGGUUCUUGUUUUGAAUACCGACUUUAUGUGGUGCUGGCAGCUAACUCUAAACCGUCAACUGUGUGUGUGUGUGUGUGUGUGUGUGUGAGCAGGUAUACAUGAGGAGCAGCAGCGGGGUGUUGAUAAGAUGGGUACAGCCUCAGCAUUACCUUUAUCUUCGCUUCAAUAAUCCGACAAAUUUUAUUUAAUUAUUCCAAAUCUAUUUUUCCCAGGCGUUAAGUCAGUCUUCAGAUGAUAUCCUUUACAGUUCGUAUCCAUCUCAUUGUUGUAUGUUAACUGAAUUGUAUACAUACUAUCUCAUACUGUACAUUUCUUUACCGUCUAUUAGCAUUUGUGUUCACUACUGUACUGCCUCUAUAGCUAUCCAGUGUUAUGUUGAAUUCACCAGGACGUGUGGAACAAUUGUCUGGUCACCCUGAAGAAUGUACUGUAUUAGCGAUGGUGAUUCGGUGUAACGAUGGUGGUACACUAACUAUGGUGAUUCGGUGUAACGAUGGUGGUACACUAACGAUGGUGAUUCAUUGUAACGAUAAUGAUUUACAGUAGAGGUGACGUGUGGGAUGGCGGGAGAAAGGUGAUGACGAGGUACAUCACGUUCUUUGUAGUGUG